UCUCUCAUUAUGUAUUCCCUGUUCAUUCUGUAAACAUGGAAUACUGAAUUCGUAGCAAUUUUCUCAGCUAAUUUGUACGAGUUAAUGUUUCGUGAAAUAGUGGAUUAUGUGCAGAUAGAAUGGGCUUUUGUUGUUGUGUUUGCAGGAGGAAAAAAGGAUUCGGAUAUUUCAGAUCACAGAAGUAUUGUAACAAAUGUAUCAGUUAGUGGUGAUGCGGAUCAUAACGAAAGGGAAGCUUUGAACAAUAGAGAAAGUACAUACACAACAUCCUACUCCUUACAAUGCUCAGAAAACAAUCAGUUAUCUACUCAAUCGUCUCCAAAUGGUCCAGAUCCUCUUACUCCCUACAACUGGUAUUUUGGAUAUAUUUCAAGAAUGCAAGCUCACGAACUAUUGAGACUUGAGGGAAACGGCACGUUUCUAGUGAGAAGGGCCACUGAUGUCGAUACAGAUUACCCCUAUAUUAUAUCAGUAAAACAUAAACCACCAGAUGGAAUUGCUGAAAAAGAAAAUUACCAUUAUAGGAUAAGGAGAGACGAAAACGGAUAUUUCACUUUAGGGUGGAAUCUCUAUUUUAAGACUGUUAAGGAUUUGCUGGACUAUUACAAAGGUAAGACUGACAUACUGAAGGUUCCACUGAAGACAUUUAUAGACCAGAAUCAUCCAGUUAGGUGAAACCUGAAGAUGGAUUAUGAAAUUUGUGGUUUUCACUUAUUUGUAGCUGUAUAAAGUUUCGAUGUUUCACUUCAUUUUGUAAUGUAUUGGUAUCAAAUAUCGUUUAAAUCGAACUAUCCUUGUAUAUUGUUUUAUAUUUCAUUAAAAACAUUCUUUAUUGAUUAAUAAAACUUAUAAAAUCGAA